AAUAAUGGAGGCGUUUAGGUGACGGUUUGGUUCGUUUUCGCUGCGCUCAGCGAGUAAAAAAUUCAUAUUUUUGAGCUCUGUGAAGUGAGUUCUAUGAAAGGGAUUCUCCUCCAACACGCAUAGCACAUUCCGGACUGAUAAACUGACGGGCAAAUUAUGGAAAACGGUAACAGCAACAACAGAGAGAUGUCACCCGACUCCCGUAAACCUGGAGGUGGGAAAAUCACCAAUUCUGGACGCUCCCUGAAGAAGUACCUGCACGACAAGGAGAGCGACGAGUACAAACAGCGCCGCCAGCGCAACAACGUAGCCGUGCGCAAGAGUCGCGACCGCAGUCGUCAGAAAGCUCAUGAAACGCAGACCCGGGUCCAGGAACUGAAGGAGGAGAACCAGCAGUUGGAGAACAAGGUGAUGCUCUUGUCGAAGGAGCUGAGCCUCCUGAAGGAUCUGUUUCUGGCCCAUGCUAGGGAGGUGCCUGAUCCAAGUACCACCUUGGAGUUGUACACGUCGUCCCCCGACGUCACCAGCCGCCUACAGAGCCAAGGAGUGCCGACGCAGGAGCUGGUCAUCGCGUCGGAUGAUCAACCAUCAGAUUCAACAUCCUCAGAUCACACUUACGGUGUGUCACUUGACCAGGAAGAGGUGAAAACGGAGGCGUGAUCUGAGGCGAAUGUCUCUGAUCUAUUUUGGAGGCAUAAUGUAUAUAUAUUUAGAUAACACAGGUACAUGUACAGUCAAAUUUGUUGCGUCAAGUUGUAUAAAGGAGAGCGUUCAAAAUGCAUUAAUUUGUCUGAUCCUUUCUGAAGUUUGGUUCAGAAAACGCAUUUGGUGAGGACAUCCUAAUCAAAGCUUUGAACUAAAUUUGAGUCCAUCUUACAAGAUGACGCAGGAACACACACGUAAAAAGCCAGUAGCAGUGAAGGGAUUCAUUAAAUUAUUGCAUUUGAAAUGAUGUAUUCGGUUAGGUGAAUAUAUUCAUAGCUACAACUGAUGUGUAUUCAUGUAUUCUUGUUUUGAAAACAACCCUGGUAAUUAUUCAACCUUGACCAUAAAGCAAAUUGGAUUGUACAUGUACAUGGGUACAAACUACGUUAAUCGUCAAAACAUACAGCCACUGUGCAUUGCCACUGAUAUCAUGUCCGUUUUUUUAUAGAUAGCUGUCAUGUCUUUCGAGUUCCAAUCCAGAAAAGAAUCGAUACCAUGUUAAUGAUGUCAAACAAAUACCGUAGUUUGAGUUUAACUUUGGGUUCAAUUCAAAUGUAUAUUGUAGAGUUGUGUAUAUUAGCUCAAAGAUGAAUAGCCCUAUUUCUUUAUACUGAAUGUUAUUUUUGGAUGAUGAUUGUUAAACAUAUAUUAUGUGAACUACAAAACAAUGCUAUUAAUAUCACGAUUCCUGUUCACAGUGUAGGUUUCCUUGGCUUUUCCAGGAGGCAUUUAGUUUCCUUUCGUAUGACUUUGUAAGCUUACAAGGUGCCCUCGCCCAUCGAGGCCCCUCUUUGGUUAAAAACAGUUUGUAUUCUGAUCUUCAAAACGGCCGCAUAUUUAUGCCUGUCACUCUUGCAAUUUUGGGAGUCAAAUAGUUGCGCAUACAAAAAGUGGAGCAUGUUAACACUUAACACCCCGUUGCCUAUAUUAUGCGCAUCCCACUCUACAAUACACAGAAACGUUGUGUCCCAAAAUGGCAUGCCAAAGAUAUUUAUGAUGAUAAUGUUUUUUUCAGUGAAUUUGGUCAAUAGAGGUCAUUGCCAAUUGGGCAGUUAUUGCCAUUUGGGCAGUUAUUGCCAUUUGGGCAGUUGUUGUCAUGACCUAUGUAAUCCUACUCUCCCUCAGUCCAUUCUGAUUGGUCGAGAGGGCAUCACGAGGGGUUGUUUGAACAGAUGAUAUAACACCAAUAAAAAGUGUAACAGCAUGAGCGUGACACGCGAGCUUGCACCAGCGCUUAUAAGACAGUUUCUUUUAAUAAUCAUAUUGUUCGAGAGCAACGGCAGAAACAGUUGUGCCACAUCACGUGAUAUGCGCGAUGCGCACAUCAUCUCCUUAUAAGGAGUUGUUUACCCGAGGGUC